AUGGAUUAUCCAUUAGAGCUUACGGCUGCUAACAUCGAGAAGUAUGAACACCUUUUAGAUGCAUCAAUCAAUGUGUAUGGUUAUGAAGACUUUAUAUAUCCAAUUCAUGAAAGUGCGAAUUGCCAAACAGCACAAGAAAUAGAAGCACUAGAAUAUAUACCUAUUGAUAAUAACGGUGUAUUGAAAGUGCAAGGUACAUGUAAAAGAUGUGGUAAGUCAGUCCAGAAGGUAGUAGACUACUCUAAGUUCAAACAACUGUGUAAAGAGUUUGAGACUAAAGAUUUACACCUACUCUUGCGUAAAGGAGUUUAUCCAUAUGAAUGGGUUGAUAGCUUUUCAAAAUUUAGUCAGCAGCUCCCACAGAACAAAGGAGAUUGGUACUCAACUUUAAAUGAUAAAAAUGUAUCAGAAUCAGAUUUAAAGCAUUCAGUAAAAGUUUAUAGGCAUUUUGAUUUCAAGAACUUCGGUGAAUAUCAUGACCUGUACCUAAAACUGGAUACAAUUUUGCUAAAAGAUACAUUUGAUAAUUUUAGAGAAACAUGUUAUAGAAACUAUGGCUUAGAUCCUGUAUACUAUGUUUCCGCGCCAAGUCUUACAAUGGCUGCUGCAUUAAAGGACACGAAACAAGAGGUUGAAUUACUAACUGAUGCAGGUCUUUAUGAAAUAUAUGAGAAUGGUAUAAGAGGAGGAAUGUCAAUGAUUCCUCUUAGACAUGCAGAAGCAAAUAACUGUUACUUUUAUGACGGGGAAAACCCAGUCAAGUUAUCUGAAGAAAAAGCCAAAGAACGAGGUAUUUGGAACAGUAAAAAACAUGUAAGUUUUAUUAUGUACUAUGAUUGUAAUAAUUUGUAUGGAGAUGCAAUGAGUAAACCUCUACCAAUAGGAAAAUUUAUAAGUUAUGAAAAAAAUCCAGAAUUGUUGGACCGAAAACCAUCAGACUUCACUGAGAAGGUAAUCCUAAAUUUGAAGGAUGAUAAUGAGAUUGGUUACACUUUCAUCGUAGACUUGGAGAUUCCUACAGAACUCCAUGAUAAAUUUGCAGAUUUUCCGAUGUUACCGGAAAAGUAUGUCCCAGAAUUGGAUGAAUUAUCAGAGUACCAAAGACAUCUGAUUGAAAUUGGAAUCGGCAAAGCUCCUAAUCCUGAAGUAUGCAAACUAAUAAGUACUCUUAAAGAAAAGAGGAAUUAUGUUGUUGACUAUAGAAUGUUAAAAGAAUGCUUGAAGCAAGGGAUUGUAUUGAAAGAAGUAAAAAAUUAUAUACAAUACGAACAGGAAGCCUGGCUGAAGCCUUACAUUGAAAAGAACACGCAUUUAAGACAGUUAGCGAAUAAUGAUUUUGAAAAGGAUUUUUACAAGGGUAUGAACAACGCUUUGUACGGGAAACAAAUGCAGAGAAUGCGAGAUAGAUGUCAAGUGAAGUUGAUACGAUCAAAAGAUAUUGCGGAAAAAUAUUCUGAUUAUGAAAGUAGGGAGAUAAUAAGUGACAACAUGGUUUUACUGUAUAGGAAAGAACCUAAAAUAAAACUAAACCAACCAAUUUUCGGAGGCUUCGCGGUCUUAGAGCUCUCAAAAAUAUUGAUGUUUCAAUUUUGGUAUAACUUUCUACAGAAAAAAUACGGAGAUAAAAUCAAAUUACUUGGAACUGACACUGAUUCUUUGAUUGUGUACAUUGAAACUGAGGAUGUUUACGAAGAUAUGAAGGAGUCGAUCGAGUAUUUUGAUACUUGGGAUUAUAAACUCAAAGGAAUGCCGUGGGAAAAUAAGAAAGUCCCAGGGAAAUUCAAGGAUGAAUACUUAGGAAUACCGAUCAGAGAGUUUGUCGGAUUGCGCUCUAAAAUGUACGCAUUCAGAAACGAUGUAAAAGAAAAGAAGCUUUAUCUGUUUUAUAUACCCCAAUAA